AUGAAAGUUAUUGAUAUUUACGAUUUUAUUCUUGCAUUUAUUAUUUGGAUUCUCUCGUUCUACAUUAGAUCUCAUAAUUUGAUACAUCCUCCCUCAGUUGCUUUUGAUGAAACCUUCUUUGGCAAUUUUACAAACUAUUAUUACAAUAAAUCAUAUUUUAUUGACAUACAUCCUCCAUUAGGCAAAAUUCUCCUAUACGCUGGCGCUAAGAUAAAUGGAUAUAAAGGAAAAUGCGAGUUUAUUCCAGGGAAUGAGUAUAAAAAAGACUGCGGAUAUCAUUUGCUAAGACAAGUUACAUCGUUUUAUUCUUCAUUUUGUCCUCCAAUCAGUUACUUAGCGCUCAGAUAUUUUAAUAUCCAAAAAUUAUUUGCUUUUUCAGGAGCAUUAAUGAUAGUAUUUGAAGAAUGUUUUAUUAUAGAAGGCAAAUUCAUCCUUACAGAUGGAAUAUUGCAUACUUUUGUUGCAAUUGCAAUUUUAUCUAUCGGAAAACUCUUUUCUAUUGAUGCAUCAUCUAAGGAAUACAACAAAUACUACCUGAUAAUGUGUAUUUGCGUCUCAAUUGCAUGUUCUAUCAAGCAAACAGCUUGGUCAUUAUUAGCUUUAAGUUAUUUUGUUUAUUUGCUGCAGACAUUCUCAGAUAGUUUAUCUAAAUCAAAAGGAAAGUUCAGAAUUACCCUAUUUACGACAUGUUUCAUACAUUUCUUAAAAUUAAUUUCAAUUUUCCUUUUAAUUUACGUAUUUAUUACAUGUAUCCAUGUAACUCUUAUUCCUAAUUAUAACCAACAAUUCUCUGGCCUUAUUUGUCCCAAAUGUAUCUCUAAUUACAAAGAAGCAGAAAUUGAAUGGCAAAAAUGCAAAAAAGUUCCAUUAAUCAUCAGAGUUAUCAAACUCCUUUUGAAUAUGAACAAAACCAACAUGGAAAUGUGCGAUAACGAUGGUUUGCCAUCGAGAUGGUGGAAAUGGCCAUUAAUGGAUAACCAAUUGAUCCAUUUCUACAACAAUAACGGGAAAGCCAUUAUUCUACAUUUGAAUAUAUUCAACAGUUGUGUGAUUCUUCUCUUUGUUUUUAUAUCAAUUUUUAUUAUUUAUUUUUGUUGGUUUGAAACUUGUUCAAACAAUGAAACAAUGAAGAGAACAUUGAGUUCUAUGAUAUUUUUGAUAGGAUAUUUAAUUUCGUUCCUUCCUUUUUGGCUGAUUCCAAGAUCAACUUAUUUAUACCAUUAUUCUAUUCCUUUGUUGUUUGGAAUUUAUUUAGUUUCUGCUGAUAUCAAUAUUUUAUAUCAAAAAUACAAGAAAAUUGCUGUUUGUUUAAGUAUUUUAGUUGUGUCUGGAACAAUUAUUAGUUUUAUUAUUUAUUUGCCAUUGACUUAUGGAUGGGAAUUGGAUAGAAAACAAUUCAUGAAACUGAUGCUUAGAAAUGAAUGGAUUUUUGACAAAAGAAACCUAAUGUGA